AAUACCGGGGUUACUCGCCGUCUGGGCUUAACUCCUGGAGCUCCUGGAACUCCUGGAGCUGUGCUAUUAUUUACAAUCAACUAUUACACCGUACGAGAGACAAUAAGUAACUAAAAUUCAUAAACAUGGUGAUUGCAAAGAAAUUCGUGCUAGCGAAGCAUUUUGAAGGUCAUCCUAAGCCGAGUGAUGUGAGGAUUGAGACAGAAACGUUGCCGGCUAUUCAGGAUGGAGAAUUUCUUGCCCAGGCAGAAUAUCUGUCUGUGGAUCCUAUGGCUCGUGUCUUCUCAGCGACAUACCUCAUAGGAACAACGCUACUUGCAUGGCAGGUGGCUAAAAUCAUUGAAUCUAAAAAUUCACGCUUCCCAGUGGGAAAGCGAAUUGCUGGUAUCCUGGGCUGGAGAACUCAUACAAUCGUGAACAUGAAGAACAUCACGGGAAGAAAUAUUAUGGAUCAACCUCCAUAUCUUCUUCCCGAAGAAGAUAUGGUAGGCCUGCCGCCAUCCCUGGCAGUUGGUAUGCUGGGCAUGCCAGGGAACAUGGCCUACUUUGGCCUCUUAGAAAUCUGUAAACCGAAGGCAAAUGAGGUCCUAGUGGUGACAGCAGCAGGCGGAUCUGUAGGCUCCCACGUGGGUCAAAUUGGGAAGAUCAUGGGAUUAAAAGUCAUUGGAAUCACUGGUUCUAAUAAAAAAUGCCGCUGGAUUACCGAGGAACUAGGUUUUGAUCAUGCUAUCAAUUACAAGAGACAAAAUGUGGCAGCUGAACUGAAGAAAUUCGCUCCCGAGGGCGUUGAUUGCUACUUCGAUAACGUGGGAGGAGAGAUCUCCAGCACGGUUCUCAGUCAAAUGAACACUUGUGGUCGCGUCGCAGCCUGUGGAUACAUUUCUGCUUAUAACAGUGACCCAUCUUCAUUACCAAAAGCAACAAUUAUUCAACCUGCCGUAAUUUUCAAUCAACUGAAGAUCGAGGGAAUGGUCUUUAGCCAGUGGAUGCACCGCUGGUUCGAAGGAAUUUAUCAGAAUGCCAAAUGGAUAAAAGAGGGAAAGCUCAAGUACAGGGAGACUAUCACUUAUGGAUUCGAAAAUAUGUUCCAUGCUUUCAACGGACUGUUGAAAGGAAAAAAUGUGGGAAAAGCUAUUGUUAAAGUUUGAGAAAACUUCCUAAAUCGAAUCAAUAAAUUGUUCAUCAUUUAUGUAUAUUCAUUUUUUGAAAAUGAAUAAAUAUUUCCAAGUAAACAUUUUAUCGAUAAGAUUAAUUCUGUUGGAAUAUUCGAGCACAACUCUCUGAUUGUUGUACAAAAACUACUCGACAAAGAUUUAUGACAUACUGGGAAAACAGUUCUAGAAAAGGACUAAGUUACGAUCGGUUGUCCUCCGCAGUCGAGAGUGGUUUAAUCCUAAACAUGUGCCGAAAUUUGAAGAAGGACUGUGUCCUCUUGAGGCAUAAAAGUUUAUGAUUUUAUUUUUCGUUUUCCCAGUGAGAGUUUUCCCUUGGUUAUACUAGUUAAUCUCUGGAUAACUGUC